AUGGCUUUCCCAGAUUCAUAUAUCGACCUUCUCCUGUCGAGUUGUCUCCACAAGCCGUCUUUGGAAGUCGAAUUUUAUAUUCCGCGCUUCCGAAAUCGCCUCGCAAUCAUUGCUUCCUGGGACAUCCCAGCAAGUCAACAUCUUCUAGAUAUUGGAUGCGGUCAAGGCGAAUCGUCACUCGCCCUCGCUCUAGCAGUGUCGCCCAUAGGCCACAUCACGGCCCUCGAUCCUGCUCAGCCUGAUUACGGAACGCCUUUCACUGUAGCAGAAUCUCAUGCCUACAUCCUCAAUUCGCCCCUUGGGCCGCGCAUUUCAUUUAACCAAGCUGAUGCACCAUCUUUCUUCAAGGAUUUACAACCGGGAUCUGCGAAUAUCUAUGACGCGGCUUGUCUUUUGCACAGCUUAAUGUAUUUCCCUACCCUGGAUAGUGUAUUUACAUUAUUCCGAGUCUUGGCCAAAACAGCAAUUCAUAAAGUGUAUGUGGCCGAGUAUGUCUUUGCCGCAAACGAUGACACUCAAAUGCCUCAUUAUUUAGCCGCACAGGCGCAGGCACUUUUCCAUGAAUAUCGCGGCCCCCAUGUCCCUGGGAUCAGAGAGCAAAAUGUCCGUGCAGCGCCUACACCGGCCAACAUUAAGGAGGCUGCGCUUAAGGCGGGAUAUACGGUUUUACGGGAGGGAAUUAUCUCCCCCGAGGAGGAGAUGCGAGAGGGACUUUUUGAGGCAAGGCAUGUUGCAGGCAAUGACUUCAAAAGUAUGGUACUUGCUGAGCGUUUACAACCGGCACAGGAGGCCGAGAUUCUGUCUUAUGUGCCGAGGGUGCAGGAAGCCAUGGAAAAAUUAAAGGGACAUAAGUGUUCCCAAGGUCGGGCUAUGGAUGUAUGGUGGGCCGAAUUUGCACUGUAG